AAGAUGAAUCUAACAAGGCUUUACAUGACUUUAGGGUAAAUCAUUAAAGAGAGUAAUAGUGGAAAUGAAGUAUGUAAAUAGUGUAAUAGUUUAUCGUUACAACUAAUUAAAUAUAAACAAAGUAUUUGUCAAAAAAUUCUCAUAGUUAAGAAAUUUCUCUCCUCAAAUUAAAGAUUGAUUUAUCAUAGCACCAAAAAAAAAAAAAAAAAAUUGAUUUAUCAUUGCUUAUCCAAUCGCCCUAGUCAAUAUGGGUGAUGUAACAAAAUACUACGAGUACCUCAAAUUCUUAUUAUCAUGAAGAAUUGUACGGACUGGUAAGCAAAAUUUGUUUACGAGUGUUAAAUAAGGAGAGACAGAGAUGCAUGUAACGAGAAAAAAAUCGAGAUAAAUGCCUUACCACUUGGCUAACUCAUAUCCGUUAGGCGUUAGCCACUACUCAUCUUCAGUAUUACCCUUCAAUUUCAGCCCACCAUUUUACGCCGGUGCCGGCGAUCACCCAAUGUUAACUCUAACACCAACCUACUGCUUUCCAUUUUCAGCAAAAUCCUUGAAUAUUAGGAGCCAUUUUAAGGUUUGCGCAAAUGGGUUCCCUUCGUUUUUACCCAAACAAGUUGAUAAUAUCAAAGAUUCAUUUGCUCGGAUUUUGGCUCAAAGAAUUGAGAGGUUACCUGUUCAGUUGACAUCUUCAGAGACUUCGAUCAUGAGUAGUUGUGUAAGGCCAAAGAUGCAAGGAAAUACUGAUCCAAUUGUUCUCCUUCAUGGUUUUGAUAGUUCAUGUUUAGAAUGGAGAUACACAUACCCAUUACUUGAGGAGGCUGGCUUGGAAAGCUGGGCUAUUGAUGUUCUUGGUUGGGGUUUUUCUGAUUUAGAAAGGCUACCACGGUGUGAUGUAGCAUCCAAGCGCAAUCAUUUGUACCAGUUCUGGAAAUCCUACAUCAAAAGACCCAUGAUACUUGUUGGACCAAGUCUUGGGGCUGCUGUUGCAAUUGACCUUGCAGUUAACCAUCCAGAAGCUGUCAGCAAACUGAUUUUGAUUGAUGCAAGUGUAUACACGGAAGGUACUGGGGGAAUGGCCAACCUUCCCCGUCUAUUUGCUUAUGCUGGUGUUGCUUUACUGAAAAGUGUGCCCCUACGACUUUACGUAAAUCUUAUAGCCUUUAAUGAUGUAUCCUUCAGUACCAGCGUGGACUGGAUGAAUAUUGGUCGUUUGCAUUGCCUAUUCCCUUGGUGGGAGGAUGCAACUGUUGCUUUCAUGACAAGUGGAGGUUAUAAUGUUGUUCCCCUAAUAAAGCAGGUAAAGCAGCAGACACUUAUAAUAUGGGGCGAGGAUGACAAGAUUAUCAGCUACAAGCUAGCAUUGAAACUGCACGGUCAGCUGCAAGAUGCAAAAUUGCGUCAAAUACCAGAUUGUGGCCAUAUCCCUCAUGUAGAAAAACCCAGCUUAGUUGCUGACUUGAUCAUCAAAUUUGCUCAACAGAACUGUGGUACAUUGUCAAGAGUUUGAUUUAUGUGGGCAUGUUCUUGUGACAUUGUCCUUUUCUGGAAAGUCCAGCUCUCAUUCAUGAUCUAAGGAGAUCCCAAUGGUUUGCCCUUUUCCAACCUUAACUUAUACUUCCCCUCCCUCUUUCCAAGUUAUAGCGGUUGAUUGAUUGGAGUGGUAUAGGUUUGUUGUAUACAAAUAUAGAUAAUGUAUGCUCAUAUCUUUGUCUCGUUUAAAGUUCUUCUAUGAGAAAUCAUUUUCUUUUUACUA